AUGGGAGAUGUAUUUGAAGAUUGGUAUGCCAUCUUGUCGGUGGCAUACGAUGCAUCGGAUAAGCAGAUACAAAAGUCGUUCAGAGUGUUAUCCGUUCUGUAUCAUCCUGAUAAGAACAAGACGAAAGAGGCUGCCGUUAUGUUUGAGAAGAUAUCGAUUGCAAAGAAGGUGUUGCUCGAUAAAGAGAUGCGUGGAGAGUUUGACGCUCAACUCAAACAGAAACGAGAGAAGCAACGAAAAGAUGAGGAGAUGGAUAAGAAACGAAAGGCAAUGAAAGAUAAACUACAUUCGCAGGAGGAAGAGAUUCGCAGAAAGAAACAAAAAGAACAAGACGACCGAAAGAAAGAAUCGAUGCGCUUUAGAUCAGAGACACUCAAAGAGUUGAAUCAGAAAACAAGCAAUCUUUCAGAGUUUAGAGAUAAAUUUAUGGUUAAUACAAAUAUAACAACAACAGCAACAGCAACAACGUCAUCAUCAUCAUCAUCAUCAACAAUCGAAAAUAAUAAUAUAAUUUUAAUUAAAUGGAGAUCGAAAUUGAAAUAUGGUGAAGAUGCACUUAAUGAUAUAUUCUCAACCUAUGGUCAAAUCGACUCGAUUGUGAUAUUGGGUGAUGAUGAUAACAGCACUGGAGAUAACAUGAGUUCAACCAACAAAUCGAAUGCAAUCAUCUAUUUUAAAAUGGCAGACACUGUAAUAUCGAUAUUGAAACAUACAAAAGAGAUUAAAAAGAAAUAUAAAUUAAAAGUAGAAAGAGUACCUACACCUUACAGUAAUAGUAGUUAUUAUAAUAACUAUACAUUUGAAACAACAACAUCACCAUCGUCACCAUCAUCAUCAGCAGCAACAGAAUCAUCAACAGAAACAACUAAAUCACCUAAUAUUAAUAGUACAAAACCAACAACAACAAAUGAUCUAAGUAAUUUUGAAGAAAAAGAAAGUGCAAUUUUAAAAAGACUAAGAGAAAGAUCACAAAGAAACAAACAAAACAGCAAUACUAAUAAUAAUAAUAAUGAAACACCUAAAACAACAACAGCAGCAACAACAGAAACAGAAUCAUUAAAUUCAACAACUUCACAAGUAUAA